AUGACUGAGGUAUCCUCCACCAGGUUGUACCUGGGAAACCUUCCUCGUAAUGCCACGAAGGCCGACGUCGAGGCCCAUUUUGCGACCCAUGGCACUGGUGAAAUCACCGAAAUUAAGCUUAUGAAUGGAUUCGGCUUCAUCGAGUACAAGGAUGCAAUGGAUGCUCGCGAUGUUGUGCCUGAUGGAUCCGACUUCAUGGGCGAACGCCUGACCGUACAAUUUGCCCGUGGAACCCGGCAUCGGGAAGGCGGCAGUGCCCCCGGCUUCAACAACGAGCGCGCCCCCCCGAGACCUCGGCGCACUCCCCACCGUAUGCAGAUUACGGGGCUUCCCACCGAUACCAGUUGGCAGGACCUGAAAGACUUCGCCCGCCAAUCAAGCCUUGAUGUUGUCUACUCCGAGACUGGUCGCGAUGGCAAUGGACGAGGCUUCGUUGAGUUCGAGACCGCGGCAGAUUUGAGGACUGCCGUUGAGAAGCUCGAUGGUCGAGAAUUCAAGGGAAGCCGCGUCAUUUGUGUCGCCGACACUCAGCCCGACAUGCCGCCUCGUGACUUGCGUGGCGCACGUUCCCGUUCACCCGGCGGCGGCCGUCGACCCUACCCACCUCCGGUCGAUGACUAUGACCGACGUGGUCCCCCUCGUGGCUAUAGCCCGCGCAGAGACGGCUAUCGUGAUGGAUACCGUGAGCGAAGUCCCCGCCGCGAGUAUUACGAUGAACGCGCUCGGUAUCGCUCGCCUCCCCGUCGUCCCAUCGACGAUUAUCCCCCUCCUCGAGGUCGUUAUGACGACCCGUACCGCCGGGAUUACCCCCCACCGCCUGACCCGUACGUUAAUGGUAGGCCUUACGACCGCCCCCCAAGGGAUUUCCCUCCCCGGGAUGCGGGUUACCCGCGUGAUGGGUACCCUCGCGAGUAUGAACGUGGUGGCCGUUACUGGUAA